UUUUGUUACAUUUGCUAUACGCUUACACUUUAUAUGAUAAAUUAAAAGAUAAAUUAAUUUGUUUAAAAAAUUUAAUAAGAAAUACAAUAGUUUUGCUCCAAAGUAAUAGAAAGAUCAAUUUACAUAUAAAUUAAAAGCAAUAUAGAAAUAAUUGGUAAUUUCUUUUCCAAAAAUUUCAAAAUCAUAGAAGAAUGGCUAACAGAAUAUGGAAUUCUGGGAAUAAACUUCCUAAAUAUACAUUUAAACAUGUUGGUUCGCUGAGCUAUACGGAAGAUGAUAUAUUAAUUUACACGUUAUAUAUUUCAGCGCCACUUAAAAAGACUGAUUCAAAUAAAUUAAAAGAAUAUUUUUCUACUUUCGGUGAAGUUGAAAGUGUCAACAUUUUUAUUAGAAAAAAAUGUUCAUAUAGUGGCAACAAUCGCACUUUCAGUUUCGCGUUUGUCUGCUUCAAAGAAGCCGAAUCAGCAUCAAAAGCACUAAGACGGAAGGCACAUUUUUUUUGUAAUAGAAAUAUAAUAGUUCGCAGUGCGGAUAGUUGGAAACAACCUUUUCAAAAAAAAUUAAAUAAAUCUGAAGAUGAAGUUAUUGAUUGUGAAAAUACAAGCUAUUCAAUUUUAAAUUUAAAUGAUGACUGUUUGUUUAUCAUAUUUAAAUAUCUACCUUUUAACGAACAAAUAAAAAUGUCAACACUUUGUACACGGCUGGAAUACAUUUUUGAACUAAUUUAUAAAACUUCAAAAACCCUUGAUAUAGAUUUAGAAGAAUCAUUAACGUUAAUGGAUUUCCGUCAAGGGUUACAAAAAAUUGGUCAUCACAUUGAAAACAUAACUUUUAGUUCUGGAUUAUCUAUGAGGAAUUUCACUCGUUUUAUAGACUUUGUAUCAAAAUUUUGUCCAAAUUUAUGCAAAUUGCGUUUGGAUUCACUUCAUUUUAAAUAUACUGAAAUUUUUCACAAAAUUUCAACAAAAUUGCAUACUAUUUGCCAUUUAGAAUUGAAAAAUUGUUCCAUAAAUGAUGAAAUGAUGAAUUUACUAUCCAAAAUAACAACCAUUGAAUACUUGGAUUUGACAGAUAAUUAUGAAAUAACGGGCUUGUAUUUGCACAAAUUCAAAAACAUCAAAACUUUAAUAUUAAAUUCUUGCGCCAACAUCCAAUCAUCAUUUUUUAUCAAAAUGUGCUCUAAGACAACAAACCUAAGGGAAUUAAACAUUCGUCUUUGUGACCGACUAAAUACCUGUGCUUUUCAAGCUCUAGUUGAAAAUUUAAAUGAGUUGGAAACUCUUACAAUAUGUACUUGCUAUCAAACAAAUGAACUUGAAAAAAUUACUGAAUUAAAAAGUCUAAAACAUUUAACAAUAAAUCAAUCUAGUAACAAAACUGACCCACUGUUUUCUAAAUUAGCUAAUGAAAAAAAAGAUCAGUUAGAAACUUUAAAGGUUACCAACUUCUCCCAUAGUGAUAUUAAAGGAAGCGCUAUAACAGAGUUGGUUAAACUGAAGCAAUUAGAUUUACCAUAUGCUGUAUGUACUGAUAAGUUUAUACAAGAUUUGUUGAAACUGAAGGAUUUAAGAAUUCUAAAUAUCCCCGGAGUUAUAGUUUCCAAGGAUUGUAUAUUGAAAUAUAUAACAAAGGCAGUUAAUAUUGAGUUCAUUGAUUUAUCAAGAAGGGAAGGAUACGGUGAUGAAUUUCUAAAAAAUGUUAUUGAAAUAUUAAAGAAACAAAAUCGUUCCCAGCCUUUAACGUUAAGAGUUGAAGAGGAUCCAAGCACGGAUGUUAAAGAAGAGAAAACAUUUUUACGUGAAAAUAGAAAUAUUUUAAGAAUAGAUCCAAAUAAAACAGAUUACGUGAUGGAAAUGUUUGAUUCCAAUUUUCAUUUUCUAUCAGAUGACGAGGAUGAUGAUGAUGAUUACAAUACAGAUUUUGAGGAUAAUUUAUUUGAUUAUGAUGACUUGGAUAGCGAUAAUUUGUUUGAUGAUGACGAAUAUGAUAGUGAAGAUUAUAACCAAGUAAUGGAUGAGCUUGCUGAAUAUGAUCUCGUCGUUAAUAUUCUUUUUUGAAUAAUUAUGUACAUACACCUAAGAGUUAUGAUUAAAUUAUUUUAGAUGUUUCAAGAAAUAAAUAAAAUUUGUAAUGAAAAUUUUAAAA